AUGAGUGCUCGCACGCGUUCGUUCUCCAGGUACGUCUUCAACAAUCUUCAGUUACUCGCUUUACGUUCAUCGAAUUCCGGACUUAGGACGUAUCCAAACCGCCGUUUUGUAUCGAUUCCCGGAAGAAUUGAUGCUGUUUUUGUACCAACUAAUCAAAACCCUCAUUUUUGUGUUCGGAGCUACUGUUCUGGGAAGAACAGCAAAGGGAAUAAUGAGUUUACCGAAGAAAUAGAGUAUUUAGAUGAAUCAGGCAGUGUUAUUUACAUUGGUAAGGGUAUAAGAUCUGUUGAGCCUGGAGUGGAUGACCAUGUAAUGGUUGGUGGUUUAAAACAGCCAUUUUCAAACGCUUCAGCAGUUGCUAAGAUUGUUGAGAUUGUCAAAAGGUGGAAAUGGGGUCCUGAAAUGGAGACUCAGUUGGAUAAGCUUCAGUUCGUUCCUAACAUGAUUCAUAUCACCCAAGCUUUGAAAAUCACUGGAGAUGGUGAUGCAUCUUUGAGUCUGUUCAGAUGGGCAAAAAGGCAAUCUUGGUAUUUACCUAGUGAUGAAUGUUAUCUUGCAUUGAUUGAUAGGUUAAACCAGAGUAGAGAUUUUGAAGGGAUUCAUUCGGUGUUCGAUGAUCUCAUUUGUGAUUCAACCAAAACAAAAGUUCCUGAAUUCAAUGCUUUCAGUAGAAUCGUUCAAUACCUUGCAAAAGCCGAAAAGUUAGAAGUUUCCUUCUGUUGUUUCAAGAAGAUUCAAGAAUCCGGUUGUAAAGUCGACACGAAAACCUACAACUCUCUUAUAACCUUGUUCUCAGACAAGGGUUUGCCUUUUAAAGCAUUUGAGAUAUACGAAAACAUGGAAGAUUCUAAUUGUUCAUUAGAUAAAUCAACCUAUGAGUUAAUGAUCCCAAACUUAGCCAAAUCAGGUCGAAUCGAUGCAGCAUUGAAGCUCUUCCAACAAAUGAAAGAGAAAUCUCUCCAACCAGGUUUUACAAUCUUUUCAUCACUUAUUGAUUCUUUAGGAAAAGCUGGGAGAUUAGACAUGGCCAUGAGAGUCUACAUGGAAAUGCAAGGUCUUGGAAUCAAACCAUCAGCCACCAUGUUUGUUUCCAUGAUUGAAUCCUAUAUAAAAGCUGGUAAGCUAGACACAGCUUUAAAGAUUUGGGAUGAAAUGAAAAGAGCCCGAUUUAGACCUAAUUAUGGUCUCUACACCAUGGUUGUAGAAUCCCAUGCUAAAUCAGGAAAGCUUGAAACUGCAAUGUCUAUCUUUCUAGAAAUGGAAAAAUCCGGUUUUUUACCAACUCCAAGUACUUACUCUUGCUUACUAGAAAUGCAUGCUGCUAAUGGUCAACUUGAUUCAGCCAUGAAACUAUACAACUCCAUGAACAACGCAGGGGUAAAACCGGGAAUGACCACUUACACUUCUUUACUAACCCUCUUAGCAAAAAAGAAACUUCUAGAUGUUUCCGCCAAGAUUCUUCUCGAAAUGAAAGCAAUCGGGUACUCUGUAGAUAUAACUGCUAGUGAUGUUCUUAUGGUUUUUAUCAAAGAUUCUUCUGUUGACCUAGCUUUAAAAUGGUUAAGAUUCUUGGGUUCUUCCGGAAUCCGAACGAAUAAUUUCAUAAUCAGACAACUUUUCGAAUCUUGCAUGAAGAACGGUUUAUAUGAGUCAGCAAAACCGCUUCUAGAAACAUACGUUGACUCAUCCGCUAAAGUUGACCUCAUUCUCUACACUUCGAUUCUAGCCCAUCUUGUAAGAUGUCAAGAAGAACAAAAAGAAAAACAUUUAAUGUCGAUUUUAAGUGCAACAAAUCACAAAGCACAUAAAUUCAUGUGUGGGCUAUUCACGGGACCCGAGAAAAGAAAACAACCCGUGUUAGCUUUCGUCCGCGAGUUUUUCCAAGGUAUUGACUACGAAAACGAAGAAGGGCAAACUCGGUAUUUUGUAAAUGUUCUUUUGAACUAUCUUGUGCUCAUGGGUCAGAUAAAUCGGGCGCGUUGUGUGUGGAAAGUUUCAUAUGAAAACAAGCUUUUUCCUAAAGCGAUUGUGUUUGAUCAACAUAUCGCGUGGUCACUUGAUGUUAGGAAUUUGUCAGUUGGAGCUGCUCUUGUGGCAGUUGUUCAUACGCUUCAUAGGUUUAGGAAACGGAUGUUGUAUUAUGGGGUUGUGCCACGUAGGAUUAAGUUGGUGACGGGACCCACUUUGAAGAUUGUGGUGGCACAGAUGUUGAGUUCAGUGGAAUCGCCUUUUGAGGUUAGUAAAGUGGUUUUGAGGGCACCUGGGGAUUCGGUGUCUGAAUGGUUUAAGAAGCCGAUUGUUCAGCAGUUUCUUUUGAAUGAGAUUCCAUCAAGAGGUGAUAUUUUGAUGCAUAAGCUUAAUAUUCUUUUUCCUAGCUCUGCCCCUGAGAUUAGGUCCUUGACUCCACCUAAACCGCUUGUUGGUGGGAGGGCAAUGUAG